AUGCCUAUUGUCAACCGCAUCAAAGGUGGCGCACGAUAUAGCGAGCUCGUGUCGACAAUCCUGUCCCACUCGCCGACGACAACUGGCGAAGUGUGUGAACAAUCUAUCAACCUGGCCGCUCGCCUUCUCGCCAUGGUAGAGAUCGGACGUUCAAAGUCGGAAUUGUUUGCCGAGAGAGUGCUGAGCUGGACCGAAGGAACGUUGCAAGACUUCCUUUCGGACCAUUUCGGUACACUGCCAGUGCUCAAGGAUGACCUAGUUAGGCUGCCGAAGUCCUUUGAUGCUUGGAGCCUUCAGGCAGUGGGCGGCAUCGACAUUGGCUUCACCGACAACCUUGCAGACCAUCUGCUGCUCAUAGAAGAUGACAUGAAGGUGCUCAUAUAUCAUCAUGCUUCUUUCCUGAAGCAUCAGAAAAAUGGCGUGUUACCCGACGGGAUCGCAGAGGAGACGCUGAACACGCUCGCCCUGCUGUUUCCGCAGUCGGAAUUCGCCUCCCCUUUCCGUACCAAGAAACGCAAACGACAAUGGUACCAGGCGCUCCGCAUGGGCUCGACAAUCUUGGUCGAUGAGCAGCUCGCCAGGUGCGGGAACCUGAGAGCAGACUCCAGGCAGAUCGAGAGGUUCAAGUUCUGGCAUGACCGGCUGGUUGUGUUGAAACGAGCAUACGACGAAGCAACGCCGAGGAGCAUUUCCCAGUGGUGGUAUGACAGACGCAAUGGGGUUCAGUGGUACACCUUCUGGGUUGCUAUAUUGGUAUUGAUGAUAACAACCUCGCUUGGUGUACUUCAGUGCGUGGAGAGCGCCCUACAGGUAUAUAAGGCGUAUUACCCGUCGGGACCAUGA